GCCACAUCUUGUUGUAUUAAUCCCACGUUCUGCUCCCCUCAGUGCAGUCUAAUAUGACGUUAUUGUAUUAUUAUGAGGUUCUUGAAAGAAUAAGAAGUGUGUCGAUAGUGGUUGAGCUUCUAGAUGGCUCUUUGAGCUCAUGGGAUGCCUUCUACGAUUCUAAGAGCCAUAUACUCACAGUGUCGGUUGGAGAUGAACAAAUCGCCAUUGAACUAUCCGACGAGAUACCAGAGCUAAGUAAGGAUGACCUGAGACUGUGUACAAAGCAGAACAAGCAAACGUUGGUGAUGAGACUACCGAUGGACGGAGCUGGUAAGUUCAACAGGGACUUCAACGAGUUGAUGUCUCUCAGCACGCAUUAUAAGUGGGAUGCCAAAUUCCUCGCAUCAAGCAGUUUCCAACUACACUGCCGUGACUGUGAUAGUCCGAUCUUAGACUCUGACGAUAUCUCGUCUCUCAAUGAGAUGCCUUCCGAACUGUGGGCUGAAAUGAUGGACUUCUGGCACUGUCAUAAACCUCAUGAUGAGAACGGCCACGGCCAUAUCGCUCACGACAAUACCAAAUACACUUCUUUGAAACCAAUCAAGAAUGGCGUCCUUGUCGGGACGUUCUAUCUGGCUUUCAACUCCAAUGACAACCUUUUCAAGGUGAGGAUGGACCAUGGCAGUUGUGUCUGUGCUGAGUGUGGUUCCCCUUUGGGGAACCACGAUAACGGUACUGGGCUGGAUAAGAUCAAUAAAUGGCGAGUCGUCCUAUCAAGGGACAAGGCGAGAGAUACCUACCAUGUCUACGACUACGUCUACUCCUCCCUGUUGGACAAUGUCAACGCCAGUGCUGCAAGAGUGGUUGAAUAUACCGACGGAACUUCCAGCCUGUUGGUCUGGGUCUUCAACACCAACAUAUCCUACAAGAUCAAUGAGCACGCUCCAGAAGAAGGGAUGAAGCUCUACUAUACAACAGAUCCAGAAGACAUCGCACGAGAACGUGAAGCUCGUGGUGAAUUCGAAGUCAUCGAUGUCGAUUCCACUAUCCUGAAGGGCACUGUACACCACCUAGAUGAUGUGAACAACACGCUUCCUCCGAGCAUAAGGAACAUGUCAACCUGGAGACUAUCACUGCUGCAUUGUAUAUAAACCAUCUUCCAUACAAGAACCGUCAAAUACCGUCAAAUUCCUUUAAAGACCGU